GAACGGAACCCCCGCAUCAGCGAGGCCCUAGUGGAAAGUUCCCCGGACAGCGGCACGCACCCGUGGUCGCAUGAUGUCAAAUCCGUGCUCACAAACGUGUUCAAGCUCGAUUCGUUCCGCUCGAACCAGGAAGAGGCGGUGAAUGCGACACUUGCGGGCCACGAUGUGUUUGUGUUGAUGCCCACUGGCGGGGGUAAAUCCCUCUGUUACCAGCUUCCGGCACUAGUAGAGACAGGAUGGACCAAGGGCACUACCAUUGUGAUCUCACCGCUCAUCUCGUUGAUGCAGGACCAGGUCCAGCACUUACUCGACCGCAAUAUCAAGGCGGGGAUGGUCAACUCGAAGGCCACCUCGGAAGAACGCUCGCACAUGUUCAACUUGUUUGUGCAAGGGUUCCUCCAGUUGAUCUACCUCUCUCCCGAGAUGAUCACCGCCAGUGGGCAGACCAGAAACGCCAUCGAUCGCCUCUACCGCGACAAAAAGCUUGCACGGAUCGUGGUGGAUGAGGCACACUGUGUGAGCUCAUGGGGACACGACUUCCGCCCCGACUACACCAUGCUCGGUACGUUUAAAGAAAAGUACCCGGAUAUCCCGCUCAUGGCGCUCACAGCGACCGCUAACGAGCACGUUCAGAUGGAUAUCCGCCACAAUUUGCGGAUGAACAACCCGAAAUUCUUCAAGCAGAGCUUCAACCGCACGAACCUCUUCUACGAGCUUGUAACCAAAACCACUGCGCACAUGGACCAUAUCUCGCGGUUGGUUUCCAGCAAGUACCGCGGUGCGACCGGCAUCAUCUACUGCCACCUGAAAAACUCGUGCGAGCAGACGGCGGAACGCUUGGUCGGCGACGGCAUCAAGGCCGCAUGGUACCAUGCAGGGAUGUCCCCAGAGGACCGCCUAGAGAUCCAGCACCAGUGGCAGAAGGGGAUUGUGCAGGUGAUCUGCGCGACAAUCGCCUUCGGGAUGGGGAUCGACAAGCCAGACGUGCGGUUUGUGAUGCACUUGACGAUUCCCCGCACGUUGGAAGGGUACUACCAGGAGACGGGCAGGGCCGGCAGAGAUGGCCAGCACUCGGACUGCAUUAUGUACUACAGCUACAAGGACGCCCGAACGCUCCAGAGCAUGAUAUCCAGGGACAAGGACUUGGACAUUGCGGGAAAGCAGAAGCACUUGGACAAGCUCCGCCAGGUAGUGCAGUAUUGCGAGAACACUACUGAUUGCCGCCGUAAGCAGGUACUCCAGUACUUCAACGAGACGUUCGACCGCAAGUUGUGCAAACGGCAGUGUGAUAACUGCCGUAAAGGCGCUUCCGGCUCUGUGGUUGAGCGCGAUGUAACCGAGCAGGCGCAGCAAAUUAUCCGAUUGGUCCAGGAAGUGCAGCGCUCAAGGGUCACGCUAAUCUACUGCCAGGACUUGUUUAAGGGCUCCCGGUCGGCCAAGGCCACCCAGGCUGGUCAUGAUAGAGCUGCAUGUUACGGCGCGGGGAAGGAGAUAGACAAACGGGAUAUUGAGCGAAUCUGUUUUCACUUGAUCUCGGAGGCGGUGCUCCAGGAGUAUCCGGUGUUGACCGGGGCUGGGUUCUCUGCGAACUACAUCCGCGCGGGCCCAGCGGCGCGCUUGGUUCUUACCGGGAAGAAGAAAAUUCUCAUCUCGUUUCUGUCCGAACCCAGCCGGCCGCACAGCUCGUCCAAAAAGCCCGCUAGCCCAAAUGGAAAUGCUAGUAGUUUUGAAAGUUUCCGCUACGGUAAUUCCGGAGAGAACGACUUCGUGCCGCCACACUUCACGCCCGCGUCGUCGGUUAUCCGCCGCCAGAACGGUCCAACGCCGAUCGUGAUGCGCAACCAGAGCACCGACAGCGAUACCGACCAGGCGUUCCAUGCGUUGAAUGCGUUGUGCGUGCGUAAGCAGCACGACUUGAACUACAUGUCUGCGUCCAGAGUCCUCAGCCCCGUGUCGUUACGCGAUUUGGCGGCGAAGCUCCCCCAGACCAAAGCUGCGUUUGACAAAACUGCCGGUAUCUUGCCCGAGCAGAAGCAGAACUUCAAGUACUUCAAGCCGUUGUUAAAGACGCUUAGAGAAGCGCGUGAUAAACAGACCACCAACAGCCAGUAUGAGGUAUUGAGCAACGACUCGCUCGCGUCGCCGUACUUCAACAAAUCUGAUCGCGAGCGCCAGUUGUUAACGCAGUUGCGGAGCGCUCUUCUCACCCAGGAUAGUCUGUCGGAGACAUUCACGCCACAAAAGGCCAGCGCCAAGCGUUCCUUCGCCAAGGAUCCGCGGGGUAGGAAGCCUGCCCGCCCCCGU